GCCUCCGCCACGCGCGCGCGCGACAGCCUUGCUGCAGCUGAGGCCCCGAGCGAUAGCACGUCUGCUGCAGAAGCAGCUAUGAUCCCCAUACUGCUCAACUUCCCGAGCCCCUCGAGUCCCGACAGCCCCGUAAAUCGCUGUGAGUCUCCAAUAGGCAUCGAAAACUCUCGCGCCCCGGUGAAGAAGCGCAAGAGUCCACGAUACCAGAGGCAGCAGCCCCUGCAGCUCCGCCCGCUCCCGCGUCGGCUCCCGCGUGCGUUUUCGGGCGACUCAGGCGUGUGCGAUCUGUUGGAAUCUCCCUCUAGUUCUAACUCCAGCUCCGGCUCCAGCUGCGGCUCCGGCUCGAGUGACACCCACAGCCCAGCUCACCGAGACCCGCGCUGCAGCCAGCCUGCCUACCCGGGACUUCUGAGCAGCCCGCUGGACCUGCAGAUCUUCCGAGAUUACGGGCAGAGCUGCUACGCCUUCCGCAAGGGGCUGGAGAGCCAAUUCCAGCCGCGCGAGUCCCUGGCGAAGCAGCCCCAAGUGACAGCAGAAUCCCGUUGUAAACUGCUCAGCUGGUUGAUCCCUGUGCACCGGCAAUUCGGCUUCACCUUCGAGUCGCUGUGCCUGGCGGUGAACAUCUUGGACCGCUUCCUCACCACCACCCCAGUGGCUGCCGAUUGCUUCCAGCUCCUGGGAGUCACUUCACUGCUCAUCGCUUGCAAGCAGGUAGAGGUGCACCCGCCUCGGGUGAAGCAGCUCCUGUCUCUUUGCGGCGGCGCCUUCACUCGCCAGCAGCUCUGCAAUCUGGAGUGUGUUGUGCUGCACAAACUACACUUCAGCCUCGAUGCGCCCACCAUUGCCUUCUUUCUGGAGCACUUCACCCACUUCCGGGUGGCUUCCCGGGAGGCAGAACUCAGCGAUGCUGCAGAUGCCCAUGCUUUGGCCAAGGGGGUGGCGCAGCUGAGCCUGGCCGAUUACGCCUUCACCAGGUACACCCCUUCCCUCCUGGCCAUCUGCUGUCUGGGGCUGGCAGACCACAUGCUCAGACAUCGAAAACCUCUGGACCUGCACAUAAGCAAUUACCCGGAAGCGGAGCUGCAGGACUGCCUGGGGAAGCUGCAGCUAUUGGUGUCUUUGAAUAGAGACGCUUUACCCCAUAUCUUGCCCCCGCCGGUCUCGGAGAAAUGCAAAUCUUCCGAAACGGAGUUAAAGCUAGAGAGUCUACCAGCAGGGUCCGGCUCUUCCCUCUCUUCCAGCAAAGCGAGCGAUAGCGAGUGCUAAACAUCCAGCUGGUGAGUGGACAAGCAGCCAAGGCCCAAGCCACUUCUGAGAAGAUGUGCAAAGAAUAGGUGUGGAACUAAAUGGAAACCCUGUUGUUGCAUUGCCUUGUUUUGAAGAGGGAUACCCCACAGAAAAAGCCUUGGGAAACUAGACCUUACAGAAAGGUCUCUACUUUGGCAACUGCUCCCUGCCAGCUCCCCCCCCCUCCACAAACAUCUUUCACAUGUUUGAACCAUUUUCCUCUGACCUUGCUUGCUAAGAUUCUCUUCCCUCAUGCCUAGGCAUUAGUGGAUUUUAGACCUUAAAUAUAUGUUUGUAGAAUAAUAGCUAAUAUUUCUAGUGGAGUUUGAAAAUCAAACUUCUCAUCUACACAAUUACAUUCUUCAGAGCUUUGAGAUUUACAAGCUACUUUCUUUAUAAGUGGAAAAAACUAGGUGCAAAAAAGAGGUUGAAUUGUUCUUAGAA